GAUAGAUAUAGAGAUAGAUGGAUGGGUAGAUAUCUAGAGAGAGAAAGAGAGGUAGCUCUAGAGAGAGAAAGAGAGAAAAAGGGGGAUUGUAAUUCAGAUAAGGACCUGUAGCUGUAAGAGCUGUAGUUCACCAAUGGCAUCUUCUGUACAUUUUCUCUGCUGCACAUGAGUCAGAAUUAACGGCUCUGAUCAUUCACACCCUCUUCCACCUUUAACCCCACAUACCCUUUUGUUCUUGGAGGGAGGGUUUUUGUUGUUGCUGCUGCUUCUGGUGUGGUGGUGCAAGUGGUGUUCUUUGUGGUGGUGGUGGUGAAUGGCAUUGAUUUGAGGUCUGUUUCUUUGUUUUUCCAUCUGGGUUUUUUUUGGAAGAUGCUUGGUGUUUAAGGGUUGGAAAUGGGUUGAUUUGGUGAAGAUUUAUCACUAGUUUUGAGGUUUCAUUAUCCAGCUGCUAGAAGCUUUCUUGUUUUGAGUUCAAGCACAUUUGAUGCUUUUCCACCAAAAGGCAAUUUUUGAACACAGUUUUUAUAAUGUGAACUCUGAUGGAGUAGAAUCAAGUGGGCAUUCUCUAAGAACUUUUCAUUGUUGAGGGUAAUAUCUUCAUACAAUUUCUCAAUUUCAAGUACCUUUGGAAAAAAUCCAGUGUUCAGAUACUUGCUGCUGGGUUUGGAGUUACAGAGAACAACAAGAGUAGAGUGGGGGAGUCUAGAUUUUGCUCAAGGAAUUGGUGUUAUUGAGUGAAUUGAGGGCUUGGGUCAGAGUUUCAGAGAGAGAUUUAAGCAUAAUUUAUUCCAAGUAAAUGCAUGGAUCGAAGAGAUGCUAUGGCGAUGCCUGGGUCAGGUUCUUAUUAUAUGCAAAGAGGAAUGGCUGGGUCCGGGUCCGGGUCUGGGCCGCAGCCUGGAUUACAUGGAUCACCGGGAAUUCGUUCAUUAUCUAAUCCAAGCAUGCCAUUUCAGCCCAAUAUUGGAGGUGGUGGCUCUAUGGGAUCAACAUUACCCGUGGAGCCUUCGUCUGUAAUCUCCACUCAUGGUGUUAAUGUGGGUGCACCAUCCACAUUGUUGCCACCAAGUGAGCCUGUGAAGAGAAAAAGGGGAAGACCCCGAAAAUACGGACCUGAUGGGACUGUGUCAUUGGCAUUGUCUCCCUCAUCCGCCACUUCUCCUGGGACACUAACCCCAUCUACCCAGAAGCGGGGUAGAGGGCGGCCACCAGGAACUGGGAGGAAGCAGCAGCUAGCUUCUCUUGGUGAGUGGCUGUCUGGUUCGGCUGGGAUGGGUUUUACUCCACAUGUCAUCACCGUUGCAGUAGGAGAAGAUGUUGCAACGAAAAUUAUGUCAUUUUCACAGCAGGGGCCAAGAGCUAUAUGCAUCUUAUCAGCAAAUGGAGCUGUAUCCACUGUGACCCUUCGUCAGCCUUCAACCUCUGGUGGCACCGUCACAUAUGAGGGACGUUUUGAGAUACUAUGUCUGUCAGGCUCUUAUUUGCUAACUGAUAAUGGUGGCUCCCGCAACCGAACUGGUGGUCUAAGUGUCUCCCUUGCUAGUCCUGAUGGUCGUGUCAUUGGUGGUGGAGUUGGAGGAAUGCUUACAGCAGCAAGUCCUGUUCAGGUGAUAGUUGGGAGCUUCAUAUGGGGCAAUUCAAAGACAAAGAACAAGAUGGGGGAAAGUGUGGAAGGUGCUGGGGAUUCAGAACGUCAGACAGUUGAUCAUCCAAUCACUACUCCCACUACUGUUCCAGCCAGUCAAAAUCUUACUCCAGCCUCAUCGAUGGGUGUGUGGCCAGGUUCACGGCAGUUGGAUAUGCGAAAUUCUCCUGUUGACAUCGAUUUGAUGCGUGGCUGAGAAGUUCCAUUGAUAUAUACAUGGGCAGUGUAUAUAUUUUGCUGUUUCUAAGCCACUUGACUCUAAUUUUCUUCAGUCCCAACCCAAAAAAGCCAGAUGAUUCUCGGUUUCUUACUCCAUUCACCCACAUUAGUGGGGUUGUACUGAUAUUUUUGUAGCUUAAUGGAAAUUUAGUUUGAUUUUGGUGUUCUUGGUCUGUACCAUUCUAUAUCCUAUAUCAUUGAUCUUUAGUCCAAAACAGUAAUAUAGGGAUCAAAGGUAUAUAUUUCUUUAGAGGUGCAGCCAUAUUUAUCUGUUGGACUUGUAGUAUCUGUUAUUCUGACAGCAUUGUCUCUCUACUACUGUUCUUCAAUCUCUCCACUAA